AUGUCUAGAUUAAACGAAUAUCAAGUUAUCGGUCGUCGUUUACCAACCGAAUCCGUUCCACAACCAAAGUUGUUCAGAAUGAGAAUUUUUGCUCCAAAUACCGUUGUUGCUAAAUCAAGAUACUGGUAUUUCUUGCAAAAAUUGCACAAGGUUAAGAAAGCCUCUGGUGAAAUUGUUUCCGUUAACGUUAUUUCUGAAGCUAGACCAACCAAAGUUAAGACUUUCGGUGUUUGGUUGAGAUACGAAUCUAGAUCCGGUAUUCACAACAUGUACAAAGAAUACAGAGAUGUUACCAGAGUCGGUGCUGUUGAAACCAUGUACCAAGAUUUGGCUGCUAGACACAGAGCUAGAUUUAGAAACAUUCACAUCUUGAAAGUUGUUGAAUUGGCUGCUACUUCUGAUGUUAAGAGACAAUACGUCAAACAAUUCUUGACCAAAGACUUGAAAUUCCCAUUGCCACACAGAGUCCAAAAAUCCAAGAAAUUGUUCCAACACCAUGCUCCAACUACCUUCUACUAG